AUGUGUGCGGGCUGCUAACUAACCGAGCUAGCCGGAACCUCCCGCGUCCAGAACCGCGGCGGAGCCGGGUCACGCCGGACACGGUAGGCGUUAGAUCGCGAUAAUAAAAACAAAAACAAGCCGCCCCGGACCCCCCUCUCCCCUCUCCCGCCGCGCUGAAGGGGCCGCGGCGCCGCGUCGAUGAGGCGGACUAACAAAGCCGGCCAGUGAGGAGCACAGCCGGCCUAGACGGAGCCGGGAGCCCCGUCUCCCCAGAACCACAACCAGGACCGGGAUGGGGUCCGGGCUGCGGGAGUGACCUCUGAUUCUGCACAUGAUGGCACAUUUCACGAGUUACCAGGAGGGCAAGGCGGCGAUGCUGCUGGUGGAGACGCCGGGGAGGAAGCCCGCGACCCCCGGCGGGGACGAGCCCCCUUCCCCGCUCAUCACCUCCCGCUUCCACCAGCAUCCUCCGCCGUCCUCCAACCACCGAGACCUCCACCACCCCUCGCCCAAGGAGCAGCAGCACCUCCCCGCGGAGAGCCUGGCCGGGUCCCCGGGCUCUGGCAGGUCCGCAUCCGAGGACCCCACCGCUGCUGCCGCGUCCGCCGCAAGCGGCAGCCACGCGGCCGUAACCGCCGCCGUCGCGCAUUCCGCCGACUCCGUCGACGAUAUUAGAAAAUGCGGCUACUUAAGGAAGCAGAAACAUGGACAUAAGAGGUUUUUCGUGCUGCGAGCUGCCAGCGCGCUCGGGCCGAGCCGCUUGGAGUACUACGACAGCGAGAAGAAGUUCAGGAGCAGCCUCCGCUCCGCCGCCGCGGCUGCUGCUGCCGCGGCCGCCGCGUGCGCUGGAGCGGCUGCCGCGAGCGGCGGCGGCGCGGCAGCGGUCGCCGCCGCCGCCGCUUCUCCCCCCAAAAGGGUUAUUUACCUCUACCAGUGCUUCACGGUAAACAAAAGGGCGGACUCCAAAAACAAGCACCUCAUCGCCCUUUACACUAAGGACGAGUAUUUCGCCAUUGUGGCUGAAAACGAGCAGGAGCAGGAGGACUGGUAUGUGGCUGUGAGUGAGCUGAUGAGCGAGGGGAAACGGGGGCAUUUGGAUUCAGAUGAUUUAGAUGAUGGAUAUGGUACAGUCACCCCUGGUACGGUGUUUAAAGAGGUGUGGCAGGUUAAUGUCAAACCUAAAGGACUGGGACAAACGAAAAACCUCACGGGUGUCUACCGGCUAUGCCUCUCCACUAAAACCAUCCACCUUGUCAAAUUGAACUCUGAGACCCCGUGUGUUAACCUUCAGCUGAUGAACAUCCGGCGCUGUGGACAUUCAGAGAGCUUCUUCUUCAUCGAGGUGGGCCGCUCCUCUUCUAUCGGGCCGGGAGAAAUCUGGAUGCAGGUGGAUGAUUCGGUCGUGGCCCAAAAUAUGCACGAGACCAUCCUGGAGACGAUGAAAGCCCUGAAGGCGUUUGCAGAGUUCCGGCCGAGGAGUAAGAGCCAGUCUUCGGGCUCCAACCCCAUGCCUUUCAUCACGACGCGGCGCCACCUGGGCAACCUUCCGCCGAGCCAGACUGGGCUGCAGCGGCGGUCGAGGACGGAAUCGGUGGUGGGCACGCCGCCGUCGAGCAAAAGCUCUGGGGCGAGUGGUUAUCGCUUCCGCACCUCCAGUGAAGGCGAAGGAACCAUGAACCGGCCGUUUCGCUCCGCCACAGGAAGUCUGGUGCACCUCAACUCUGCACGGGCUCAUCACGGCCGCCAGGAUGUCAGCGGCGGCAGCGGUGGACCUGUCGCCACGGGGAACGCCGGGACGAACACUAGCAGCGGGCGGUACGUGCGAGCCAUCCCGGGGACGUCCUCCACCUAUCACGCCCGCUCCGCCUCCCUGCCGGUCUCCCACUUCCCCUCCACCACCAGUCCGGUGAGCGUGUCCUCCAGCAGCGGCCACGGCUCCGUCUCGGACACCCUCACCCGCCCGUCGAGCGCCUCGAUAUGUGGCUCCCCGUCAGACGGCGGGUUCAACUCUUCAGACGAGUACGGCUCCAGCCCCGGGGACUUCCGGUACUUCCGGGUGAGGAGCAACACGCCGGACUCUCUGGGCAACACUCCGCCAAUCAGAGAGGAGAACUGCCUGAACGAUUACAUGGCCAUGGGCUGGAACCGGGAGGUCUUCGGCACCAGCGUGGGCUCUGGGAAUAACAGCAGCUGCGACACGCCGCGGGACGAAAGCACGUCGGCGGCGGAGGAAGAGCGCUUUUCCUCGUCGUCACUGCGGAGGAGGACGCAUUCGUUCUCCAGAGUGGCUGCCGGCGCCACCGCAGGAGCCGGGGUGGCGGUUUACCAGAAGAUGACCCAGACCAACUUCUCCUUGGAGGAGGGGUCCGAUGUGGUGUUGCCGUUUGGCAGUGGGCUGCUCCGCGGGGGGCCGUCCUCUUCCACGUCCUCGCUCCGCUCCGACUACAGCUCCUGUUCGGAGCACAGCCAGCAGAGCCGUCCCUCCACCGUCUCCCAGGCGGAGUCCGGCGCUGAGCGCCCUCCUCUUUCCUCCUCCUCCUCUGCCAAGGAGGACAGCGGAUACAUGCCCAUGAUGUGCGGCGUGGCCGCAUCGCCGCGGGACACCCCCCCUGACUACAUGCCUAUGCAACCCAGCUCCUACUCCCAUCACCUCUCCCACUCCCCUCAGCUUCACAGCCCAUCUCUGGCCACCCGUGCGGCACACUACCCACCGCUCCAGUCCCAAGCGUCCACGGACGCCCAUGGCUACAUGAUGAUGCUCCCGGGGGCGAGCGGUAGCUCCCCUUCCUCGGUGCAAGCCUCCCCCGGUCCUCACGGUACAUCCAACGCAGCGGGCGUUGGCAGGACUGACAGCAUAGCGGAGAGGCCUGAAAACGGUGAAUAUAUGGACAUGUCGUACAGCAGCAGUGGUGCACGCAGGCUCCUCAACGAAGGGAGCAGUGUGUUUUACACACCAGGCACACCCGAGGGAACCCUCAAGUCCUACAGCCCCUAUUUCUCCCUCCCUCGCUCCUAUAAGGCCCCCACCAGAGAGAGGAACGAGAAGGAGGAUGGAGAAUAUGUACCUAUGAGUUCUCCUGCCAAGCCAGUAUAUUCAUCCAUCGCGACAGCAUCAAUGUCGAUACCAGAAAAGAGAAGUGGAGGAGGGAGUAGCACCUCCACCCCCUCUCACCCACCUCCGCCUUACGGAGCUCACCAUACGACCACAAUGAUGGCCGACAGGCGGGUCGUGAGGCCCAACCGCCUCCCUUUAGGCAGACGAAGUUUCCACGGACCGCUGCGGGUGACUGAGCCCUCCACGGCGUCCGUAGGCACCUCGACUUCAGUCCCCGUCACUGGCAGCUCCUCCGAACGGCCCUCCAGUCCUGGGGAGUAUAUUAAUAUUGAGUUUGGCGAUCACUUCCCCCAUCAGCAGCAGCCCCCCGCGUACCCACUCUCUGCCCAGGACGAAGCACCUUCUCUGGCGUCCAGCGAGCACGGCUGCUCCCCUCCCCCGGCGCAGGACUACAUGAGCGUGGAGGUGGGGGGCGACCAGCAGGACUCCGUCGAGUGUCUGGGGAAGAACCAGUCGCCUAGGCCCAGCCUGGUGGCCCCCUGGAACCCGCCCAGCUACAUCCGACCGCUGGCAAACAACCCCGGAGCGUUGGGCUCCGCCGGCGUCCCGGCCGGAGGUCACUGGAGGUCAGUCGGAGACGACUACACGGACAUGACGUUUAACCUCAGCAGAGGCGAGAGGACGCAAACGAGCCCCACGGCCAUGCUGCAGCAUCUCUGCGUGAUAGAGGGACGUUACGGCCACACUUCCUCUACCUCCUCCUCGUCCCUCUCUCCACCCCUCCCUCCGUCGAGCCCCGGCAGGGCCCCCAUGCAACAGCUGGAGCCCAAAGUGGUGCGAGCAGACCCCCAAGGGAGGAGGAGGCACAGCUCGGAGACCUUCUCCUCCACCUCCUCCAACUCAACCCCCUCUGGCGGGGGGCUCGGCACCUCAUCCUCAGCCUUGCACCCCACAGCCCACAAUGCAUCUUACCCAGCGGAGGGCCAGACCUCCAGGUGGGCCAGUUCAGCGUCUUUUGACAGUGUGUGGAUGUCCGUGGACGGUUUACGGGACUCACAAGCUCACCACGCCACGCCACGACUCACGGAGACGACGGCGGGCUCCGGGACCCCGGCCUCAUCCACCUCCUCCACCUCAGGGGCCGGAGCUGCUAGAAUGUGCAGGAACAUGUCAGUCGGCUACCAGAACGGCCUCAACUACAUCGCCUUGGAGCUGAGGGAGGACGGGAGCAACGCGGGAGCCGUCACAUCGGGCGCUGGUGGCGCCAACGGGAGCACGGCGGCAGUGGGGAUGGUGCCUCUGCCGGAGAAUGGAGCUUAUGCCAGUAUAAACUUCACCAAAUCCGACGGAGUCACAACAACAACCAAGGACUGAGCGAUAGAAGUCCAGCGUUCGCCGCAUCUUCCUCCUCCUCCUCAUCAUAAUCUCUCUCGGGGCAGUGGGCUCCGCCUGGGACCCUUGCCCCCCCAAACCCCACCCCGGCCUGCCAGUGACCUCUGACCUUCGCUCACUCUGAGAAGCUGCUCCCCUCCGGACGCCGACGACAACUUUACAACGUGACGAAAAAAAACAAACAAAAAAAUGCUUGCAGUUUAUUUUUUUUAAUUGUUUUUCAUCGUUUAAUUGAGUCGUGUUUUAUACGCAUAUCCUGUCCUGUUUACCAUUCGCCCCCCGUCUCACGAUGGACGCUGCCAGUGCGUGCUGCUCUUCCCCUCUCCUCGUUCAACACUUUUUGCUGUUUCUUUUCCCCAGCCGGCAGCGGUCAGUGAACUUUGACCUGACUGAGAGGUGGUAAUGCAAAUACAGGUAGUUUAUUUUCUUUUUUUUCUCCUCCCUUUAACCAGAUGUUUCUGCUUCUCUAUGCGGUUAAAAAAAAAGGGAAGUUGGAUUCUAAGUGAAGGCAUUAUGGUACAUACUUAGAAGCUUUUAUGCUGCAUUGAGCUUAAAAUAUUCAUUUUCAUCAUUUAUCAUUGUACUUUUUUUUUUUUUUUACCCUAUGCAUACUCCAUCCUCCCAAUUAUUUAAUUAUGAAAAAUGUUGUGGUAGAAAACGUAUAUUUGAAAAAAUUUCUCCACCUGGUUUCCCCUUCCCUGGAACGGUACAAGCUUGUGGCUGGGUCCAUUUGAGCUUCAGCGCGGCGCCGCGUCACACGUAUUCCCAGGUACAGCACGGUGCCGACCGCCCCGGAUCACACUUUUUUGCACACUGCUCACUCACACGUCAGUCACGCAGCAGCACCCGCGGGCCUCAGCCAGCCAGCCAGCUCCAGAUGCGACCGGGUACCGGCCGUGGUAAAGCACCAGUAUCAGUGUACGAAUGCAAGGGGAAGCCGUAAAGCAUUUCUGUGUUCAUUAACUUCAUGCAAUAUUAUUUAUUUGUUACACCAGGUACAAAUGUUCCAGUACAUUUCCUUGUUUGCUUUCCAGACUGACGGUACUCAGCAGGGCGGGAAAAUACUGCCAAAAAGUUGCCUGAAACUUUUGCAAGCCACAGAUGGUGACAUUUGAGACCAUUGACGGGGGUUAUUUCACCCACCAGAAGACUGUUGCUGAACAGACACGGUACUUGAGGAAAAUUGUCUUUUGUACUUCCGAAUUAUUACUAAGUUGAAGUCAAAUGAAACCUCUGAAGACACUAGUUAACGUCAGAGACGGGCAAGGAAUGUCAGUGAGUUGCUAGCAGCUCACCGGCUGCAGACGGCAGUCACGGCGCUCUCGUUUUGGAGAACCAGGGAGCGAGGUUAAUAGAUUGAGGAACCAGUUCUCGCCAUUUAAAACAACUCAAACGUCAUGAUUUUUUUUAAAUGGCGUUUGUGCACAGCUUUAGCACCAGUUACAGAGGCCGGGUCUGCGUCACAAGGACGCCGGAAGUUGUUGCAACUCAGACGCCCUGCGGUUGAGAAAAUGUAGCAAUAAAUGACUGAAGGGAUCAAAUAUAUUUGCUUGAUUUGUUGCAAAAUUAAUAAGAAUUUUUCCAAAUUGAGGGAAAAAAAAGUCUUUCCCAAAAUCAGGCAUAAAAAAAACAGAAAUGUCCCUUUAAUCUCACCAGGACGCUUUAUGCCAUUAACAGUUUAAUGACACCGUUUUUGUCGGUAAAGUUCAUUGAGACCGUUUUCAAAGAAAAAUGAAAGGCUGAAAAACAACAAGCAAGUUGUUUUGAAACGUGCUCAUGAUGUUAAGUGCUAACUAGUGAGCCUUAGAGGAGUUCCUGUGCUUCAGGCUUUUCCCCCCCGUUUCCAUUCUCCACGUUUAGCCGAGCAAACUUAGUGAUGGCUCAUAACUUAACAGCUAUCAAAGUGGUGCUGAUUAACAUUUGGCAAGAAAAUUACAAUAAACUUUAAAAUGUAAAAAGGGAAAAAAAAUAGGUUAUUUAGUGAAACUACUGUGGUGGAUGUACAGACAUUAUUCUCCCGUCCUGCUGCUGCUCUGGUUUAGCUCACUUUUCUGCACAAUGCACUGUUUAUUAGAUCAAAGUUUGUGGUUUUUUUUGUUGUUAAUUUUUCUAUUUUACCUCGUACGGUCCAUAGAACAGUUCAGGUGAGAGAGUGAGAGCGGCAUCGACACUAACGCACACCUGCAGAAGCACAAAGUGCAGGCACGACUGUACUUUGGAGGUACUGGCAUGCGUGUCAUGGAGACACCUGCGGCGUCCUCCAUACCUGCGACCCGCCGCAGGCCCACAGGUCACGCAGCUUCUGCGCUCGCCCGUUUCGGUUCUUUUUCAGCGGCUCUCCAUUACAUCCAGGAUUUUCUCCUCACGCGCUUGCACGCAGGAUGUUCGUCAGUAGCUCUGAGUGACGUAAAAGAGGCUUCGAGUAACCUGAGCAGCCGCCCCAGGUGCAGCACGCUGCACAUACUUCCCCCCCACCUCGUGACCAGUUUCACACACAUACACGCUUUUGGAAGGGCAGCGAGCGCUUAUAUCAGUCUCAGCCGAAGCUCGCCGCCCGCUCCCUCGCACACUUUUAUAAUCUCAAUGUACGCUGCUCUCCCACGAUUGGUCCCUUUGUGAGAGGUGUGUAAACACCAAGACUGACGGCCAGCGUGACUCACCAGAUUUCAGUUGUUUAUGUUCAGUAUUUAUAUAAUUUUACCCUUUUAGCAGCACCUAAUUUUGUGGGUUUUUUUUGUUUUAUUUGAUUGUCAUCUUGCAUCACAGCUUUACAUGUGGAGCUGGGAGGGAGGGAAGGAGCCGUGUUGUGUCUAAAUAACAGUCAGCCUGGUUAAGAGAGCAGCCUGGACUGGUUUUUGUUACACAACCGCUGAGGUUUUAUCCACUUCCUGGUCAAAGGGACUGUGAUCGACAGUUUGGUUGAUGCCAUCAACACUGCACAUGGUAGUCCGCGUUCAUGCCAGUGUUUCUUUUCUUUCUUUUUUUUUUGAAUGUUUGUGGCAGGUACAGAGACUGAAUUCACCGAAUCGGUUCCAAAUCAGCUUAUAAAAGCAGAUGUUGUCUCUGGACUUUGUGGCUAAGAAAAAAUGAAUUUCUAGAAGUCCUCUUUCGCUGAAAAUGUGAGCAAAUGUGUUAAAUUGACUUGAGCGUAUUUUUUUUUUUUUUUUUUUUUUUUAAUGCUACAACUGUGUUGUGUGUAAAAAAAGAGGGCAGUUUCUACAGGUUUUUUUAUGUCAUGUCUGCGUUUGCCUCCAGGUUGUAGUUGUGCCUGAUGCCAUUGAUCAUUCUCAUUAUAGUUCAAUGAAUUGCUUACAUUCAGAAAAUGUAAUAAGAAAUUAUUGAAGAAAAAAAACAAUUACAGCUGACAGGUCCUUAAUGUCCAGUUUUUAAAUAAACAAAAGUGCUAGUGGUUGAGUUUUUGCACAGUUUUUACUCUUUUAAGCUUUAGCUUGAAUUACCAAAACGAGUGUCUGUUAGAGGCCAGUAUGUUCAGUGUUCAGAUUGACUGUUAAAGCUACUUUGUAACAUUUUGCUGUAAUUACUUAAUCCUGGUGUCCAUAUAGCACUUUUUUGGAGGCCGGAAAAGCGUUUGGAAAUGCUUCUACUGGUGUUUCAUUCAAAAAUAAAUUAGGAGUAGUGCUCUUCGUGUUUCUAAAACAAAUUCGAGCUCCCUUGCAUGAUAAGUCGGCCUCCCGGUUGAGAUGGAUAAUUAUUUCUUUGACUUGGCGCCAAACAGAAAAGUUGUGAUGUAAUAUUUUCUUUGGCUGAGCUCGUCACAUCUCUGACAGCCACAUCAUGAGAGGAGUCAUUGAAUGUCUCAGAAACAGCAGUGUGAUGUGUAACAUCAUCUCCUGUGAGGGCUAAAAAAUAAAAAAAUAAAGCUGUUUCAGACUAUUUAAGGUCAGUUGGGACAAUUUUAGACCUCUUAACCUGCAACCCCUCUAUUUUCCUGGUUGCCAGGAUGACAAUGCCCUUAUGAUUGGUUGAAAAGUAAAUUAUCCCAGGGCUUUUAUUUUGAAAAUAGAAACAUGAAAUUUGGAGCUAAAAUACUCAGGAAAAAUGCUAUGUGGACACAAGCCUCAAUAUAUCAACAUCAAUUGCAAAAUCCCACGAGCUGCUCCGAUAACCGAUAUACUCCUUACUUCCCACCACCCCAGCUCCCUUUGCUCUACUUCCAGUGACGAUGAAGUUGAGAAGGAAAGAAAAUAAAAUCUCUGAGACAAAAGUUUGUCUUCUCCGGAGUGAUAAAAAGCAUUAUUUUUGUGUGUGUUUGUGAAGGUAAAGACGGUUUAGAAACAAAAGUAAGCCGUCUUCCCUCAGUUAUUGAGCUCUGGCAGGCAGAAACAUGUUUUAAAUGGUCCGAAUUAAAACUGAAUAUCCACACAAUUGUUGUUGAGCGAUUUUAAGCCUGUGAUGUGUGACGUUAUAUGUACAUGAACAAUUUGAGGUAUUUUUUUUCUUUUACCCUCCUUUUUUUUUCUCCUUUGAAUGAACAGAGAUGUGAUGAUAUUGGCCGCAGCGGUCCAAGACGAACAAUAUUUUUUUCCUUUUUUUUUUUUUUUUUUUAAUGUUUGCAAAAUGUUUUAGUGUACUUUGCUACGGCCACGUAUUGAGUUUGGGUUUUUGAUGCUACGUCAAAAGCAGCAGUGCUAGAUUUGUGGGGUGUUUAUGGAAGAAAAAAAACAAACCCAACCCUCAGUUUAUUUGAAGCAUUAUUCAGAAAUGUCGUAUGUCGGAUUGCCUUCAUGUCAAACGUGUACUCUGUUCAAACCUUUAUCUCGACUUAAGUAAUCUACACUGAAUCUGUGUUUGUCUGCCAACAAUUCAACCUCAAAUGGUCAUCAAUGUGUUUUCUUUUCUUUUUUGUUUUAAAUGUGGAGAAAUGAGAGCGACCCAUAUAUUCUCACAGAAAAGACUUAGAUUACUGCAUCCUUAUGCAAACUUGUGUUUUCUGGAUUUCAUUUUCCUUUUAGUUUACGGAGAGCGAGAAAAGUUCCCCUUCCUCUUGGUUGUUCUGUUGUAACGGCGAUUCUCUGAAAAAAACAAAGCAACUCAAGAUUAGUUUUUUUAAAAGUACAUAGGCAUUUUGCAGUUAUUUGUAUAAAGCAAUGGGUUACAACCUACCUAAUGUUUAUUUUUUUCUAAUGAUACAGUUUAUUUGCUGCUGUGUAGUACAGAAAACAGUCAGUGGCAAACAUGAUGAUGAUGAUGAUCACUGCUAUCAGGCGCUGGUCAGAUUUUUUUUUUUUUCUCUUUUCUUUUUUUUGUUUGUCCCCCCCCACCAACCCCCGAAUGCUUUUGGAACCUCUGAGGACUGUGGCAGAGCGGGACGCCCGCUCCACCCUGCUACCUGUGUUCUUAUUUUCCGAGUUGAAUGCUGUUGUUUAUUAGCUUUACGGGAAAGAGGAAGAGUUUUCAACAAAAAAAAACGGUGAUGAUGAUGAUAAUUCUGUGGAGGUGUGUAUCCUUCGUAUGUGCAUUAUUUUUCAGUGACGUACGUCCUGUAUGAGAAAAGAAGAAAAUUGAGGUUUUAAAAAAGAGAGAGAGGGGAAACUUUGAAAUUGAAAUCUUCCUUGUGUAAAUAAGGAACGUUGUUGCUUUUUUUUUUUUUUUUUCCUUUUUUUUUUCUCCAUGUUCUGAACGGCGCCUCGUCGCCUGUUUUGUUUUGUUGUUUUUUUUCCCUCCCUCUUUCUUCCUCUCUUUUUUUUCCUCGUGGAGGGAAAGGGGUGCUGGAGGGGGUACUCAGAGACGAUUUGAGCAUCCGCAUAGUGUUUAUAUUUAUCAGAACUUUUUUGCUUUCAAUAGAGCUAUUGCAAUAAAAAUGUGUUCAUGUAA